AGAACUCUAAAGAAAACUAUAAAAAAUUCAAAAUAACAAUGAAUUCAAAUGAGGUCAAUUCGAUUCGAUUUCAUGUUCAUAAAUCUUUCAACCAUCGACAGGAUUAGUCGAUUUUUUAGAGAAGACACAGAACGAACUGAACGCUCAACAACUUAUGAAAAAAACCAAUGAAACGAGAACCGAAAGUGUAUUUAAAACGCAAUAAAACACAAGCCUGACAAAACUUGAAACUUCGCUGCUCGAACAACAAAUUACCGAAAUCAACAAUGAGUAUAACAACGAAUUAAGCGAUAGUUACGAAUGUUCCGAAGAUUGAACCGGAACUGAUCCCGGGGGAGAAACAGAAAUUAGAAAUUAUGAGUAUACCAUUAGAUAAUUUGACGUCUUUAAAUUGCAAUCUCGCUGGUGCCAGGAGCAACGGCGGUGUUGGUUUGAUUGCAAACAGAAAUGGGUUCGUAUGCAAUUGGCUAAAGUGAUUUACGAUAUCGAGGACAACAAGGACAGUUUGGUGUUUUAUUCACUGUCGAUACUCAUAUUGAUGAUUUCAAUUUUCCAGACCAAGAACAUGAGUGAAUUUUUACACCCGAAGAAAUUGAUAUCUUUAAUACAGGAGACAGCGACAACGUCGGAGGUGAUGGAGACGACUCAAUACGAAUCAGUAAUCCCGGUAUUUACAGAACUGUUGACGACCAUCAGACAGAAAGUCACGAUGUCGCGAGUCGCUAAUAUCUUGGCCGUUUACAAUUGGGCAGGAAACAUUGUCUGCAUCUCCGACGUUAUUCUACCACCUCUGGACGUGAUAGAGUUAUUCACCACGUUGAAAACGUCAAACGAUAUCUGAUCCACCGCAGGCUCCAAACAUUCGUCAUCGUCAGCGAACAUAUGGUCCACGCCUGUUUCCAGUCACACCAACAGCCGCCGUAGCUCCUGACUCUAGCGAGAUAGUGAUUUCCGUAGGUAUAGACAUCAAAUUAUCUAAUGGUAUACUUAUAGUUUCCAAUUUCCGUUUCUCCCC